AACUGCGGCAAACUGUUACCACAAGGACUGUGCACAAAGUAUGUCGGUGUAGAACAGCUGCCAUUCUGGAAUGGGAAUCUAAAUUCUGAAUGCGCCAACAAUGAAGUACGCCGUGGCGUCGGGAUGCGCGUUUCUGCUGUUCGUGUGCAUUUCACUUCCGGACUUCACAGAAGCACUGCUGCGGCGCUGCUACUCGUGCCGUUCACGUGGUGACCUAGGCACCUGUAAGGAUCCGUUCACACUGAACCUCACUCUAGCAGAACAAGAGAGAGGAGUUGAGGCAGUGCCAUGCGCCUCUGGGUGGUGUGGCAAGUUUCUGGAGGGAGGCAAUUCGUUUAAGGAUGAUGAAUAUGGAAUCGCAACUCAGCGCAUGUGUCUGCAGCGUGGUCCAUCAGACAACGAGGAGAGGUGUGAUUAUAUCACAUGGAAUCACAAGAAGGUCUACAUGUGUUUCUGUCAGGGGGACUUAUGCAAUACAGCACCAUCAGUCAACAAGGUGGCAGUAAUGCUUCUCGUCACAUUUACGGUACUACAGCACACGGUGAUAGGAUAGCCCACAUUCUCUAACAUUUGGAGUUGAAAGUCAUUCAAUAAGUGAGGAAAUAUAAUAAUGUUCAUUUGAAUUUACAACCUGUUUUCUAAAAAUUACAUACUGCAAGUUUCAAACUUAACAAAUUUACAGUUCCUCAUUCCUCUUCCCAGAGAAAGUUUGCCUGUAAUCUCAUGUUCAGUUUUAGCCUCACAGUUAUAACGUAAAUGAACUGGCAGAUGUUAAUCUUUUGAUAAAUUUGUCAGCAUGCAUCAAUUGUUUGCAUGUAUGCAUACCGGUACUUACUGGCCAAGAAAAGCACUGCUACUUUAUAAUUUCUAUCAGCCACUGUAUACAGAUAUAAAAAAACAAAUCAUUAAUUGAUAUUACAAUUGUUACUUUGCAAACUCUGUCAUGUACAUCUGACUAAUGCUCAUCAAGGUUAAGUGAUGGGUACAUAUUACAUCAGAGAAAUGCAAGUUUCACUAUGAGCCAUGAGAGGGUCUCAUACAGGAUCAAAUAUUUCUAUAUAAUUUUGCUAAGUUUAUAUUAAAUGGGAAUGUGUAUCAAGAAACUAAAACUUUAAGAUUUAUUCAAACAAAACAAAGUACAACUCACAACAGUCCAAUAGCACAAGUUUCUGGAUCAGAGAAACAGCCUGUGUCCUAAGUGCUGAAAUUUCACCGUACUUAAAUAUUUCGUGUAAUGGAAUAUGGAAUAUAAAAAAAAAUCUUUACUGCAUGCAAUUGAAUCGUGAUGUUAAUGAUACAGUCGCUGCAUACACACAAACACUGCACGAAAUUCAAUCAAUGACACCACUAACCCAGUCAUUAUGCACACAUAAGCAUCGCGUCAAACUGAAUCAUGACACCACUGACACAUUCACUGCACACAGAACAUCAUACCAUGUUCUCCAGAUAUUCUUCCAACUGAACAUUGUAUAUCCUGUAAACAACUUGUCAACUAUAUACAUGAAACAAACAAUUUGUUAAAUGUACUUGUACUGAUUUAUAUAUAAAAGCUAGGCUGCAAAACGAUCAUA